AUGGCCUUCAACAAAGCGAUCAAGCUGUCUCUCAGGGAGAAACUCGAUUUCUUUCCUGCCUUGGUGUCCAUCUGGAUCACGGCCGUAUGUGCGCUUGCAACGGGACUCUGGCGAAGCUCCAACCAGCCCAAGACUCUUUUCCUUCACAUCGGCUAUGCAGUUUUUCGUAAGAUGACGGCGCGCUUAUAUGUCACACCACCAUCCAACAAGAUCUAUGAGCAAUAUAUCAAGAAAACCAAGCGGUUGUCUCAGACCAUCGAACUAGGAAAGGGCUCAUUCGGCCACUGGAUUGGAGACGCCAACGCCAACAAUGUCCUGAUUUGGUACCAUGGAGGAGGAUUCGUCCUCUCCGCAAACAUGGGAUACUUCAAAUACUUCGCCAACCUCGUCGACUACGCCGCGCAGCACAACCAGUCUCUCGCCAUCUUCAGCCUCACCUACACCCUCGCCCCGCAGGCAACUUAUCCCACCCAGCUCCGCGCAGCAGUCAACUGCCUCCGCUACAUCCUUGACAACACCGCCCUCCAGCCCAGCCGCAUCUUUCUCGGCGGCGACUCCGCCGGCGGAAACCUCGUCGGCGGCGUGCUGUCGCACCUCGCCCAUCCGCACCCGCACAUCACUCCCGUCAAGCUAGCAGGCAAUCUCGCCGGCGCCGUCAUGAUCGCCCCCUGGACGCUGCUGGAUACGGAGUUCCCGGACCGCGAGAUCGAUCCCAGCGGGGAUCUGAUCACGCCGGCGAUUGCGGGCCCGUGGGCGAGGGCGUAUCUGGGGACCGCGACGAGGGACUUCUAUACCGAUCUGUCGACUGCGGAGCCCGGGUGGUAUUCUAGCUUUCCCGUGGAGACUGUUUUGAUCUGUGCCGGGGGCAAUGAGAUCUUGUUGCCAAUUAUUCAGGACUUUGCGGCGAAGUUCAAGGCCGGUUUUCCAUCAUCGGAGUUGUUCGUGGGGCGUAGAGAAGGUCAUGUAGCGCCGAUCUAUAACUUGUAUAUUGGGGACACGACGGAGACGGAACAGGGGAAGAGGGUCAAGAGCUGGCUGCUGGACUUGUUAUCAUGA